AUGUCAGUGACCGCUUCUGGGAAAGAGUCUGGCUCUGUAUGGCCUUCUCUAUGGAGAAAUAAAGUAGCCUUGAAAGAGGGUAAGAUAAAUUUUCAGACUUGGGCACAGCAGAAGAGGGACUUGAGGCUGGGGACAGUGCCAAGAUCUUCAUGUGUCAGGUUGGGAAUUGUGCUGUUGGUGGCUUUUCUGCCAAGUAUGUACUAUGCCCUAGGAUCAGUGCAUUACUCUUCCUAUGAAAUAGUCACCCCCAAGGCUCUGACAGCUGAGGGAAAGGAAGACCCAGUGGGAAAGGUAUCUUACGUGAUGUUUAUGCAGGGCCAGAAACAGCUGAUUCACCUGAAGGCGAAGACGGGCUAUUUUGUCAGUAACUUCCCAGUCUUCAGCUACCACAAUGGCAUCCUGGAACAAGAAACGCCUCUCACCUCACAUGACUGUCACUAUGAAGGCUACAUAGAAGGAGUCCCGGGUUCUUUUGUUUCUGUCAACACCUGUUCAGGCCUCAGGGGCAUCCUGAUUAAGGAGGGACAAUCCUAUGGCAUUGAGCCCAUGGCCUCUUCAAAACGGUAUGAACACGUGUUGUACACCACGGCGCGUCAAGCUCGAGCCUCCUGCAGCGUCACUUCCAAAGACAGCCGAGUGGUGUCCACCAGCCGGCAACAAGGGAGCAGGACGCCUGGCGGUCCACAGGCGCUGUCCCACUUGUGGUCACACGCCAAGUACGUGGAGAUGUUUGUCGUGGUCAACAACCGGCGGUUCGAAAUGUGGGGCAGUAAUGUCAGUGAGACAGUGCAGAGAGUGAUGGACAUCAUUGCCCUGGCCAACAGCUUCACCAGGGGAAUAAACACAGAGGUGGUGCUGGCCGGAAUGGAGAUUUGGACCGAGGGGGACCUCACAGAGGUCCCAGUGGACCUGCAGGUUGCACUCAGGAAUUUCAACAGCUGGAGACAAGAGAAGCUCCUCCACCGUGCGAAGCAUGACGUCGCCCACAUGAUUGUCGGACAGCAUCCUGAACAGGGCAUGGGACAGGCAUUUCUCAAUGGGGCCUGUACAAGUGGCUUUGCAGCAGCUGUUGAAUCCUUCCAUCACGAAGACGUCCUCCUGUUUGCAGCGCUCAUGGUCCAUGAGCUUGGGCACAACUUGGGCAUUCAGCACGACCACUCGGCCUGCAUUUGUAGAGAGAACCGCUUCUGCCUCAUGUAUGAGAACAUCACUAAAGAAAGUGGCUUCAGCAACUGCAGCUCUGACUACUUCUACCGGUUCCUCCAGGAACACAAAGGGGCCUGCCUAUUUAACAACCCUCGGCACAAGGGCCGCUCGAGGAGGGCUUCCAGCUGCGGAAACGGGGUGGUGGAGGAUGACGAGCAGUGUGACUGUGGUUCUUCCUGUUACAGUCACCCGUGCUGUGACCAAACAUGUAGCUUGAGAGGGAAUGCAGACUGUAGUGAUGGCCUCUGCUGUUUUGGUUGCCGGCUGAGAAAUAAGGGAUUCGUGUGCCGUUCUGCUUCGGGAGAGUGUGACCUCCCAGAGUACUGUGACGGUGCCUCUGCAGAGUGCCCUGCAGACAGCUAUAAGCAAGAUGGUACGUCGUGUGAUAGACUUCACUACUGCGUUGGGGGUCGCUGUAGGAACCCUGAUAAUCAAUGCUCGGAUCUAUAUGGGUACCCUGCACAGUCUGCCCCUGACAACUGUUACAUUUCAAUAAACAGCAAAGGGGACCGGUUUGGAAACUGUGGCCGUCCCACCUCAGCAACGUCAAGAUAUGUUAAGUGUUUGGAUGAUAAUAUAUUUUGUGGGAAAAUUGUAUGUACAAAUAUUAAAUGGGUCCCAUCACUCAAACCCUAUCACACACUGAUCCAGAUUCCUCAUGAAGAUGACUUCUGCUGGACCAUGGAUGCCUAUAACAUCACUGACAUCCCUGAUGACGGGGACGUGCGCUCCGGCACUCCUUGUGCCCCAAACAAAGUCUGCAUGAAUUACUCCUGCACCGAUUAUGCCGUGCUCAACUACGACUGCGAUCCAGCGGAAAUGUGUAGCGGGAGAGGGGUCUGUAACAACUUAAGGCACUGCCAUUGUGAGGCUGGCUAUGCACCCCCUGACUGCAAAACCAUAGGUGAUGGGGGUAGUGUGGACAGUGGUCCCCCUGGCAAGCCUGAUGAUGAAAAUCCAAAUGUAGAUGGAAGUGGCAGUCUUGCUGAACGUAAGCCUCUAACUAUUAAUACUAAACUUAUAAUGUUCAUAUUCCCUACAUUUCUUUUAUUAACAUUGAUAUUAUUACUAUGCUGUAUUAGCCUUAGUGCUGGCAUUGAGUCUGUAGAGACCCCAGGAGCCUCCCCAGAAUUGAGUUCAGAGGUAAGCACCUCAGAGUCUGAGGCACUCUUAUCAGUGAAGCCAGAAAAGGAACCUGAGGAUAUGGAACAGGCUCUACCAUCCCAGGCUUUCCCACCAGAGGAGGCCCCACCAGAACAGGCUCCACUGCCUGAGGCCCCCCCACCAGAACAGGCUCCCCCACCAGAAGAGGCUCCCCCACCGGAACAGGCUCCCCCACCGGAACAGGUUCCCCCGCCGGAAGAGGCUCCCCCACCGGAACAGGCCCCCCCACCAGAACAGGCUCCGCCGCCGGAGGCCCCCCCGCCGCCGGAGGGCCCCCCGCCGCCGGAGGCCCCGCCGCCGCCGGAGGCCCCGCCGCCGCCGGAGGAGGUCCCGCCGCCGGAGGCCCCGCCGCCGCCGGAGGCGGUCCCGCCAGAGCAGGCCCCACCAGAGCCUGCACCAUAAGAGGUAGCAGGUGGGGUCCCACCAGAGCCUGCACCGUAAGAGGUAGCAGGUGAAGCACACAAAUAACCAAACGCAAAAAGAGUAGUGAAGGAAGAAGCCAAAUAGUAUCAGAUACCUCAAGCACUGAGUCAGGAAUGAGAGGCUUAGAAAGGCAAAGAUGAAGUGAAAAUUGAUGGCUCCAGUGGCGCUGACAGGACUAUAUAGUCUACAGAAACAUAU